AUGACUAAUGACCCAUCACUUGAAAAGGAUGCCUGUGGUGUCGGCUUUGCAUGCCACAUCAAGGGCAAGCCUAGCCACAAGAUUGUCAGCGAUGCGCGGAACCUCCUUUGCAAUAUGACCCAUCGCGGUGCGGUGGGGUCCGACGCACGAGACGGCGACGGCGCGGGUGUCAUGACCUCCAUUCCUCACAAGUUCUUUGUCAAGAACUUUGAGCGUGAAGAAGGAAUUAAGCUUCCUCCUCCGGGCCAGUAUGCUGUGGGGAACCUGUUUUUCAAGCCUGAUCAGGAGACGUUGCAGGAGUCCAAGCGGCAGUUGGAAGAUAUUGCCGAGAGCUUGGGCCUGAGGAUCCUGGGGUGGCGAGAGCCUCCCGUGGACUCCACGCUCCUUGGUCCUGCUGCCGCCUCUCGUGAGCCUACCAUUCUGCAGCCCUUCGUCGUGCUGCAGUCUGCGUAUGGCUCGGGCAACGCUCCCGAGAUGACGGACCCAGAGAAGUUUGAUGAGAAGCUCUUCGAGAGGCAACUCUAUGUUCUCCGGAAGCGGGCUACCCAUACUGUCGGGCUCCAGAACUGGUCUACCAAUACUACCAUGAUUUGGUGA